GGAAAUAUGCAGUUUUCGUCGUAUAUGAAAACAUUUUGCUUUCGCUGGUGUGAAAUAUGACAGUUUAAUGCAAAGUUGGGUUUGAAAUAUAUGAAAUGCCUCGAACGUUGAAUGUUGAGAAACUUGAUAAAAAGUUUGCUUCAUUAACUCGUUCAAGAGAGAGCAUACAAGGAUUGUCUUCUUGGAUAAUGCACCAUAAAGAGUUCUACCAGGAAAUUGUAGAAGAGUGGUUGAAUGCAUUAAAAAAAGAUGAUUUCAAUGCUCUCAACAUGUUCUACGUGGCCAAUGAUGUCAUUCAACAUUGUGGUAAAAAGAAGGUGCCUGAAUACAGAACAGCUUUUUCAACAGUUUUGGAGAAAGCUUUAUCACUUGCAAAAGUGAAAGAAAUAAAAAAUGAAGUUACACGGAUGAUGACUUUGUGGCAUGACAAAGAAAUAUAUGACGACGAUUUUUUCCAACAACUUGAGAACACGUUGAACAAUGAGCCACCAACCCCUGAAAUCAGUGAUGAAGAAAAAGAUUUGUCUGAUGCCGAAAUUGUAUCAAUUUUUAAGAAGUAA